AGGCAGUCACGUGCCGUGCCGGCGUACACGUGUGACUAAUUCCUAUUGGUUGAUGAUCUCAUCCCCAGCGUUUCGACGUGGCCGAUUAAUUUCCACGUGGCAGUCAGUCGGUCAACUACAACGCCCAAUCUCGUUCUUAACGAGUCGAGCCCACCGAAUUCGCGUCCCUCUCAUUCUCCUCAUCCUCCCUUCCCUUUGUAAAUCCACAGUUCAACAACAUAUGGCUCUCAGCCUAUGGGCUCCCACGGAAAUUUUUUUUUUUGUACCGAGAAAUUUCUAGAGAGAGAAAUUAGUAUCCUGCUUCGCUGAAUCACGAUACAUAGUAUAAGUGUGUGUGUAGACAACUAGACAUAGAAGAUAGAGAGCAAGCUUGAUAAGUUAAUACUAUUGUAGAUAGCGAAAGGGAGACCGCGAAGAGAGCGAGAGGAAAAUGGGGACGCCGUUGUUGGGGCGGGACGGAGGAGGAGGAAGAAGAGGAGGAGGAGGAGUGGCGGUGUUGUCAUCAGGGGCGGUGAAUCCGGUGGAUUCGUCGUCGGCUUCGAAGAAAUGUUUGGAUGUGAAAUCACCAAUCCUAAUAUUCCUCUACUUCCACAAGGCCAUCCGUUUGGAGCUCGACCAGCUUCACCAAUCGGCCAUGGCCUUCGCCACCGGCCAACUAACCGACAUACACCCGCUCUUCGACCGCUACCAUUUCCUUAGGUCUAUUUACAAGCACCACUCCAAUGCUGAGGAUGAGGUCAUCUUUCCAGCUCUUGAUAUUCGCGUGAAGAAUGUGGCACAAGCAUACUCCUUAGAGCACAAAGGCGAGAGUGAUAUUUUUGAUCUUUUAUUUGAGCUGCUAAAUUCAAACAGGCCGAGUGAUGAAACGUUGGCUAGGGAGCUAGCAUCAUGCACAGGAGCCCUUCAGACCUCAGUUAGUCAGCACAUGUCUAAGGAAGAGGAGCAGGUUUUUCCCCUGCUCAUUGAGAAGUUCUCCUUUGAAGAGCAGGCAUCGUUAGUUUGGCAGUUCUUCUGCAGUAUUCCUGUGAAUAUGAUGAUCAAAUUCCUUCCAUGGCUUUCAUCUUCUAUUUCACCUGAUGAGUAUAAGGAUAUGCUUAAAUGCUUGCGUAAGAUAGUUCCAAAAGAGAAGCUCCUUCAACAAGUUUUCUUCACUUGGAUGGAAGGUAGGAACAGUGCGAACAUGGUUAGAAGUCAUGAUGGUGAUCCUCAAAACCAGUGUUCAACAAAUUCUAGUGCUAGCGGCAACUUAACCCAUGAAACAGCAGAAGUAAAUUGUGCCUGCGUAUCCACCAAGAAUGGGAAGAGGAAAUACUUGAUGUCAAGUGCUGAUGGGUCUGAAUCUGAUACCUACCCAAUGCAUCCGAUUAAUGAAAUAUUGCAUUGGCAUAAUACCAUAAGAAAAGAGUUGACUGACAUAGCAGAGGAAGCUAAGAGGAUACAGCUUUCCGGGGAUUUUUCUAAUUUAGCAGCCUUCAACGAAAGGCUCCAGUUUAUAGCUGAAGUUUGUAUAUUUCACAGUAUAGCUGAGGACAAGGUCAUAUUCCCUGCAGUAGAUGGAGAACUCUCGUUUUUCCAGGAGCAUGCUGAUGAAGAAAGUCAAUUUAAUCAGUUCCGUUCUCUAAUUGAAAAUAUUCAGAGUGCGGGAUUCAAUUCUUCUUCAGCUGCUGAAUUUUAUGCAAAGUUAUGUUCACAUGCUGAUCAUAUUUUGGAAACCAUACACAGACAUUUUGAAAAUGAGGAAGUUCAGGUUCUUCCACUUGCUCGAAAGCAUUUCAGUUUCAAAAGACAACGGGAGCUUUUGUAUCAAAGUUUGUGUGUGAUGCCUUUGAAAUUGAUUGAACGUGUCUUGCCGUGGCUGGUUGGAUCGUUGACUGAAGAUGAAGCCGCAGAUUUCCUUAGAAACAUGCAUUUGGCAGCUCCGGCAGCAGAUACUGCUCUGGUAACGCUUUUUUCUGGUUGGGCUUGCAAGGGACGUCAUCAGGGUGUAUGUUUGUCUUCUAGUGCUGUUGGUUGCUGUCCUGUGAAAAGGUUCGCUGACAUCGAAGAAGAUUUUGUUCGACCAUAUUGCCCAUGCCCAGUCUUGGCUCAGAUGGUUGAAGAUGAAAGGCCAGUCAAGCGAAACAUCUCAAUACCAUGCACAAACAACGACGUAAAUGAGCCUUCCCAGAUAGUAAAUGACCAUAAUCCAGCUCGUAGAGAUCGAACUUGCUGUGUCCCAGGCUUGGGAGUAAGCGGCAAUAAUCUGGGAUUGAGUACUGUUUCUACAGUUAAGUCUUUGCGUUCCUUGUCCUUCAGCUCAUGUGCUCCUUCUCUUAAUUCCAGUCUUUUCUGCUGGGAAUCAGAUAAUAGCUCCUGUGAUGUUGGGUGCAGAGUUCAUCCAAUUGACACUAUAUUUAAGUUCCAUAAAGCCAUACGCAAAGAUUUGGAGUAUUUGGAUGUUGAAUCUGGAAAACUUAGUGAUUGGGAUGAGACAUUCCUUCGACGGUUCUCUGGAAGAUUUCGAUUGCUUUGGGGUCUAUAUAGAGCUCAUAGUAAUGCGGAGGAUGAAAUAGUUUUUCCAGCGCUGGAAUCCAAAGAGGCACUUCACAAUGUGAGUCACUCGUACAUGCUGGACCAUAAGCAGGAAGAAAAAUUGUUUGAAGAUAUAUCAUCUGCCCUUUCUGACCUUUCAUACCUUCAUGAAGAUCUAGUUCGAAGUCACGGCAAAUUUUCUGGCGGGCAUGGUAAUGAUAGUUUGAGAAAGUACAUUGAGCUCGCUACAAAGCUCCAAGGCAUGUGCAAGUCAAUUAGAGUCAGCCUAGAUCAGCAUAUUUUCAGGGAAGAACUUGAGCUGUGGCCUUUGUUUGGUAAACAUUUUUCUCUAGAGGAGCAGGACAAAAUUGUUGGCCGGAUUAUAGGGUCCACAGGUGCUGAAGUGCUCCAAUCAAUGUUACCUUGGGUAACAUCUGCUCUUACUCUGGAUGAGCAGAAUAAAAUGAUGGACACAUGGAAGCAGGCAACCAAAAACACAAUGUUUAAUGAGUGGCUUAAUGCAUGCUGGAAAGGAACUCAAGAAUCACCCUUACAGCCUGAAACAUCAGACACCAGUGGUUCUUUGUGUAAAGGUGUUGAUUCUCGAGAAAGCUUGGACCUGAGUGAUCAGAUGUUUAAACCUGGCUGGAAAGAUAUUUUUCUCAUGAAUCAAAAUGAAUUGGAGGCAGAGAUUAGAAAGGUUUAUCGCGACUCGAGUCUUGAUCCAAGGAGAAAAGCAUAUCUUGUUCAAAAUCUUAUGACUAGUCGCUGGAUAGCUGCUCAGCAGAAGUCAACUCAAGCAGUACAAGGUGAAACUCUGGACGGUGAAGGUAUACCAGGAUGCUCUCCAUCCUUUCGAGAUCCGGGGAAACAAGUCUUUGGGUGUGAACACUACAAGAGAAACUGUAAACUUCUUGCUGCAUGCUGCGGGAAGUUGUUUGCAUGCAGAUUUUGUCAUGACAAAGUUAGCGACCACUCAAUGGAUAGGAAAGCAACAGCAGAAAUGAUGUGCAUGCGUUGCUUGAAAAUUCAGGAAGUAGGACCUAUUUGCAUGACACCUUCAUGCAAUGGGCUUCCCAUGGCGAAGUACUACUGCAAUAUAUGCAAGUUAUUUGAUGAUGACCGGAAUGUAUAUCAUUGCCCGUUUUGCAAUUUAUGCCGGGUUGGGAGGGGUCUCGGUGUUGAUUUUUUCCAUUGCAUGAAAUGUAAUUGUUGUCUAGCCUUGAAAUUAGUUAACCACAAGUGUCUGGAGAAAAGCUUAGAAACAAACUGCCCUAUCUGCUGUGAGUUCCUGUUCACAUCAAGUGCAACAGUCAGGAGUCUUCCCUGUGGCCAUUUCAUGCAUUCAGCUUGUUUUCAGGCAUACGCUUGCAGGAAUUAUGUCUGUCCAAUAUGCAGCAAAUCUAUGGGGGAUAUGGCGGUAUACUUCGGUAUGCUAGAUGCUUUGCUGGCUACUGAGGAGCUUCCAGAAGAAUACAGGGAUCGUGUUCAGGACAUACUUUGCAAUGACUGUGAACACAAGGGAACGGCACACUUCCAUUGGUUAUAUCAUAAGUGUGGCUCAUGUGGAUCGUACAACACCAGGGUGAUCAAAAGCGAGUCCAGCAAUACUGACUGCCUUCCAUCCGAUCAAUGAAAGGUGUUCUCCUUUUCUGCAAUAGUAGUAUUUUACAUGAGAUUGCAUGUAAAUACAUGUACAGUGAAGUUUUCCCCAAUUUUAUUGUGGUAUACUAUCUUGUCUUCUGCCUCAUCACUGUCUUCAUUUCAGCAAUCCAGGUUUAUCACUGGCAGUGUCAAUUGUUUUCUUUAGUUGUGCAGUUCAAGUCAUGCUAACGUCUACAACUGUUCUAUUUUCGAAUUGUCCAUAGUCCUAUGGAGGCUGCUGCUGGUAUAAUUGCCAUGAGCUAUUGUGAUU